CAUCCCCUUUCAUUUCUUAGAAAUGGCAUUUUCCAUGUAUUUUCUCAUGACUUCAAUCUUCAUACCCGUUCUCUUUCUUCUUCUCGUCUUCGUCUAUAUCUACCAUCAAUCGCAAACGAAGAAGUAUCACCCGAUUGGAGGGACAGUGUUUAAUAUGUUCAUCAACUUCAAGAGAUUGCACCAUUACAUGACCGAUCUCGCGGCAAAAUACAAAACUUUUAGAAUGAUUAGCCCUUUACAUGGGGAGAUUUAUACAACUGAUCCUGCGAUUGUGGAGUAUAUCCUCAAGACCAAUUUCAAAAAUUAUGGCAAGGGAACGUAUACCCACGACUGGCUAGAGGAUUUUCUGGGAGAUGGUAUAUUCACAGUUGAUGGGGACAAAUGGCGUGAACAGAGGAAGUUAUCGAGCCAUGAGUUCUCUACAAAAGUUUUGAGAGACUUUAGCGGUGUAACCUUCAGAAAAAACGCAAUAAAAGUUGGUAACAUAUUUUCGAAAGCAGCAAAUAGCAACCAAGUAGUUGAUAUAAAUGACUUGUUCAUGAAAGCAACAGCGGAUUCAAUAUUUAAAGUUGCAUUUGGUAUUGAUCUUGACAACUUGAGUGGCACAAAUGUAGAAGGUGUUAGAUUCAGUCGUGCAUUCGACGAUGCAAAUGAACUGACUUACAACAGACUAGUGGACAUAACAUGGAAGUUCAAGAAGUAUUUGAAUAUAGGAUCAGAAGCAGAGCUGAAGAAAAAUCUCAAAGUGGUUGAUGAGUUUGUUUAUAAGGUGAUCCGAAACAAGAGUGAACAAAUGAGCAAGCCAAAGGAUAAUUAUUCAGUCACGAAAGAAGACAUAUUAUCGAGGUUUAUGCAGAUGGAAAAUAGAGAUCCAAAGUACUUUCGAGAUAUAGUAAUUAACUAUGUACUUGCUGGUAAGGAUCCUAUAGCGGCUACUAUGACUUGGUUCAUUUACAUGCUUUGCAAACAUCCUCAAGUUCAAGAUAAGGUCGCGAAUGAUAUCAAAGAAGCAAUGCGCAUGAAAGAGGAUAUCAUAAACGUUGCGGAUUUUGAGGCCCGUGUGAAUGAGGACACACUCGAGAAGAUGCAAUAUCUUCAAGCAACUUUGGCAGAAACGAUAAGACUUUAUCCCGCUUUACCAAUGGAUCCAAAGAUAUGUUUUUCAGAUGAUGUUCUACCAGAUGGUUGUAUUGUGAAGAAGGGCGACAUGAUAUCUUACAUGCCAUAUGCAAUGGGGAGGAUGAAGUUUAUAUGGGGAGAUGAUGCACAAGAAUUCAAACCAGAACGCUGGCUCGAUCAGAAUGGUUGCUUCCACUCACAGAGCCCUUUCAAAUUUACUGCUUUUCAGGCUGGACCACGAACUUGUUUGGGCCGAGAAUUUGCAUACAGGCAGAUGAAGAUCUUCUCUUCCAUCUUGUUGGGUUGCUUUGUGUUUAAGUUGAGUAAUGAAAACGAAGACCCAAAGUACAGAACCACAAUUAAUAUUCAACUCGAUGGUCCAUUGAACAUUUAUGUUUCUGCUAGGUCUGGAUUACACAACCUUGAAAGUUAAAAUGCAGCAAGGACUUGCAAGUUGCAAAUAUCAUAUGUUAUAUACAAAGCAUAUCAAAUGCUUAUAUGAAAUAAAAAUCUUGUGUAAUAAAUAAAUUAACUAUUAUAGUUUUAUUAACCUGCUUGGGCAGGAUCAAAUAGGGGAAAUGGAUUUUAUCACACUAAACUAAUCAAUUUUGGUCGUUGC